AUGGCAGACAGCAACUCUCGUAGCACACGCUCCACCGCAAUUGCCGUCCAACAACGACCUAAGAAGACCUACAAGGAACCCCAAGCCGAUAGAGUCGCCACCGUACAGCCCGGCUGGACACACCUUUGGACCAACAACGAACGCAUCGUGCUCCGCCUUCUCAACGAGCUCUUCCCGUGGAAGCCCGAUGAGCGCACCACCAUCUUCAACACCCUCUUCAAGGACGAGCACGCCGCGGCGGGGCUUUCUGCCGGCCGGGACGAUGGUUCGCUGAGGGCACAGUGGAGUGAUCGCACCAGACCGGGUAGAGCUUAUUGGGAGAACAUCAAGGCGGGACCGCAAGGGAGGAAGGAGGAGAGAGAGUGGCAGGCUCUGGAGACGGAGGUGAGGAGGGUGGCGAAAGAGCAGGGGGUACAGGUGACGGGGAGUGUGGGUGAAGAGACGAAGAAGGGUGAGGAGAAGAACAAGGAGAGGGCGACAAUCGGUAGCGAGGGGGCAGAGUCGAGUAGGAAGAGGAAGAAUGAAAAGCUCGCGCAGCAGGCGGUUGGACGGUCAAGGAAGAGUGGGAAGUUCGUGAAGGAGGCCAAGGGGAAACCACGCGGUAGCGAGGCGGAAGUGCAGCCGGAUGGUGAAGGUGGUAUGGAGGCCGCUCGGCAGCUCCACGAAGAAGACCCCGAGCAGCGUCCCGAACCAGAAGAUGAACAGUCAAGCAGGAAGCGAACGAACCAAAUCCUCGCGCAGCAAGCAGUUGGCCGUUCGCGCAAGGGCGGACGCUUCGUGAGCGAGAGGAAGAAGGGCAAGCAACGUGCCGGCGAGGUGGAGGUGCAGCCAGAUGAAGAGGGUACGGAGAUCGACGGACAGCAGGAUGAGGAACAUGGCGAGCGAGAUGACCAGCAACAUGACAGACCAGAGCUCGGACAGCCAAGCAGGAAGCCAAAGAACGAAAUGCUCGCGCAGCAAGCAAUCGGACGUACACGAAAGGGCGGGCGCUUCACCAUCGACGAUGGCAUGGAUCUCGACGAGCAGCAUGAUAAGCAGAGCGGCUCGCCACCCACAAGAACCACGCUCGACAUUGUCUCAACCGACACCGCUUCCCAAGAUGCCAACAUCGGUUUAGUCCAAACCUCUCUCGACGCACCACCUUUGCCCAUGAUCCACACCUCCCAAAUCGAAUGGGCCAGCACCGACCCCUUCUGGACCGCCUCCCCUGUCCCGGGCUACACCCACAUCCCCACCACCUCACCCCUCUACAACUUCUCCGGCAAAACCCACCGCGUCCACGACCUCAACUCCCGCCCAACCGACACGAUCCUCUGCAACCCAACCUUCUGCAACGUCUGCUCCAGCACCUUCCUCGACCCAGUCACCGCCACUUCGCCGAGCGGCGGUCUUCCCUACGUCCACGCUAAAGAUCUGCAGAAGGUCGAUGGGAAGUGGAUCUUCGCACCGAGUUGUGGCGAAGGCUUCGAUCGGCAGAACACGGAGUAUACAGAGUGGUUUAGGAGGAAUGUGGUGUUUGGAGAUGGGGUUGCGAGGACUGUGGCGGUGUGUACGUAUGCCAAGUGUUGGGUCUGUAGGGAGCAUACGGUUGUGAUGAGGAAGAAGGCAAGUGGUUCAUGA